CGCCGCUGCUUUGUCGCUCCGAUGAGCAGCUGCAGUGAGACCGAGCGAGGCUGACGCCAACCAGCGAGCGCACAAAGUCAGAAACGCAAGAUUUUGGGGUUAAAUCGUCAAAGUGGUUUACUUUUGAUAUCAUACGUGUAUUAAUUUAUUUAUUCUUUGCGGUCUUAACCGGUUUUACAUUAUCAGUCUGAGGUGACCGAUAUUGGCCGCAUUUAGCCAAUGCUGACUGCGGGGGCUCGCGUUUUGUGGAUUAUCAUCCGUGGCUGCCGAGGCAGUGGUGGCAUGGUCGCGGCCGGAGGAGGCCCCUCUCUGCCGGAUGGAUGUGCGUGAGGCAGCGGCGGACUGCGAUCACUUUUGAAGAACGACCGUCCGUUGUAACGAUGCCCAGGUCUCGUCGGCAUCCGCGGGCGAACUCCUCUUGAAUGUUCGGGGUUCGUCGCCCUACCCACAAAGACCAGUUAUUUCCUCACACGGCGAACAUUUUAUUCCUUGAAAACUGGACGCCCCCGGAGCAGUUUAUGACGAACCCGGUAGGAGCGUGAUGAGCGCGCGCUUCCGCUUGCCUGCUGGCAGAUCCUACAAUGUCCGGGCGACGGAGCUGGAGCGAGACAGGCACCACACACAGGUUGUGUGCAACAUACUGCUGCUGGACAACACUGUCCAGGCUUUUAAAGUCAGCAAGUCUGAUCAUGGGCAGGUCUUGCAGGACCUUGUCUUCAAGCACCUGGAGCUGACGGAAAGAGACUACUUUGGCCUGCACUUGGCAGAUGACUCUUCGGAUGUUCCGCGCUGGCUGGAUCCCAACAAGCCCAUCAGGAAGCAGUUAAAAAGAGGUUCCCCCCACAACUUGAGCUUCAGAGUCAAAUUUUUUGUGACCGAUCCCAGUAAACUUCAGGAGGAAUACACACGGUACCAAUAUUUUCUUCAGAUCAAGCAGGACAUAUUCACUGGAAGAUUGCCCUGUCCUCACAACACAGCUGCACUCUUGGCUUCCUAUGCUGUUCAAUCCGAAUUGGGGGACUACAAUGAGACUGAGCAUCCUGUGGGCUAUCUGUCUGAGUUUUGCUUCAUCGCCAACCCGCCUCAAGAUUUCCAUAAAGAGGUCGCCAAACAUCACCAGCAGCACAGUGGUCUAUCUCCUGCCCAGUCGGAGUUUAAUUAUCUGAACACAGCACGCACGCUAGAGCUCUACGGGGUAGAGCUGCACUAUGCAAGAGAUCAGAGUCACACGGAGAUACUCAUUGGGGUGAUGUCUGCCGGCAUUGUCAUUUAUAAGAACAGGGUACGGAUCAACUAUUUCCCAUGGUUGAAAAUUGUGAAAAUAUCCUUCAAGUGCAAGCAGUUCUUCAUCCAAUUGAGAAGAGAGGCGACCGAGACCCGAGAGAUACUGCUUGGAUUCAACAUGGUGAACUACCGGGCCUGUAAGAACCUUUGGAAGGCCUGUGUGGAGCACCACACCUUCUUCCGACUGGAACGACCCGUCCCGCUACAGAAGAACUUUUUCUCCCAUUACUUCACGCUAGGCUCAAAGUUUCGAUACUGCGGGAGGACGGAGGUACAAUCUGUACAGUACGGCAAGGAGAAGGGCAUCAAGGACAGAGUGUUUGCCAGAUCGCCUAGCAAGCCUCUGGCCAGGAAGUUGUUGGGGGGAACUGACUGGGAGACGGUGAGCAGGAACAGCCUAUCAGAUGAACGACUGGAGACCCAGAGCCUGCCGACUCGCUCGCCACCUGGGACACCCAAUCAGAAUUCGCUGUUCACACAAGAGGGCACGCGGCUACGCCCGUCGUCUGUCGGCCACCUGGUCGAUCAUGUGAUACACACGUCGCCGAGCUUGCCUGUCUUUUCUUCCAAUCACAAGUCGGCUUCCUCCACGCAGGCUAACAGCAUCAGCUUGGACUCCACCCCUUCUCCUGACGGGGUGGAUGGCCAGCCUCCGGCCCUGCCGCCCAAGCAGCUGAGCAGGAAAACCCUGAGCCAGAUUAUCCAGGCCCACUCGCAGCAGAGCCUCUUGGACAACCACCUCAACGAGAUGUACGAUGUUCCUGCCAACACUGACAAGACCACGCUAAAUGGAGUCGUCCCUCAUGAUAAUCUGGUCUUGAUUAAGAUGAGACCAGAUGAACAUGGACGUUUUGGUUUCAACGUUAAGGGUGGAGCUGACCAAAAGAUGCCAAUCAUAGUGUCCAGAGUUGCUCCUGGAACAUCAGCCGACCUGUGUGUGCCCCGCCUGAACGAAGGUGACCAGGUCGUCCUAAUUAAUGGGCGGGACAUCUCGGACCACACCCACGACCAAGUUGUCAUGUUCAUCAAGGCGAGCUGCGAGAGCCACUCUGGAGAGCUCAUCCUACUGGUCAGGCCAAACGCCAUUUAUGAUGUGGUGGAGGAGAAGGUGGACUCUGAACCAGAUUUUCAGUACAUCCCAGAGAAGUCCCCUCAGGACCCCAGCCAGCUCGAUCAGCAUGCUUUGAGGGACUCUAUGGUUGCCCUGAAGGAUGGUCUGAGCAGUGGAGCCAUACUGGCCCAGUUUGACCAACUGUACAGGAAGAGGCCGGGGAUGACCAUGCUGUGUGCCAAAUUACCUCAGAACGUUUCCAAAAAUCGCUACAGAGACAUCUCUCCCUAUGAUGCCACGCGGGUCAUUCUGAAAAGCACAGAUGACUACAUCAAUGCAAAUUACAUCAAUAUGGAGAUUCCCGCCUCCAGUCUCAUAAACCGCUACAUAGCUUGCCAGGGUCCUUUGCCCAACACCUGCGCAGACUUCUGGCAAAUGACUUGGGAGCAGGGUUCCUCCAUGGUGGUCAUGCUCACAACGCAGGUCGAGAGGGGACGGGUGAAGUGCCAUCAAUACUGGCCCAAUCCAGAUAGCAGCUCUCCCUACGGAGACUUCACUGUUACAUGCCACAAUGAGGAAGGCAAUUCAGCCUUUCUGGUCCGGGAAAUGACACUCAUGCACUUACAGAGUGAGCAGCAGAGAGAGCUGACCCAGAUCCAGUACCUGGCUUGGCCCGACCAUGGCGUCCCAGACGACUCCACUGAUUUCUUGGACUUUGUUGCUUUAGUUCGGAGCAAAAGGACCGGGCAAGACCAGCCGGUGGUGGUACACUGCAGUGCUGGAAUUGGUCGGACAGGUGUUCUGAUCACCAUGGAAACAGCGUUGUGUCUCAUGGAGUGCGGCCAGCCGGUGUACCCUCUGGAAAUCGUCCGGACCAUGAGAGACCAGAGAGCCAUGAUGAUCCAGACACCCAGUCAAUACCGCUUUGUGUGCGAGGCCAUCCUGAAGGUCUACGAAGAGGGCCUGGUCCGACCGCUGACGCCCGCCGUCUACCAGCUUCGAGAAGAGGAGGAGGAGAACACAGAGGAAAGAGCAGACAAGGCGGGGCUAGGGUUGGACGAGGCGGCUGCGGCGGAGCUGCUGGAAGGAGGUCUGGAUGAAGAGGAGGACGAGGACGACGACGAAGAGGUAGAGGUGCUGGACGUGGGCGAGGUGACGGAGGAUGAAGUGGAGGAGCCCAGCGUCGCCAGCGCCACCAGCGAGACCAGCGUCAACCCUGAACCCGAACCCGAUCCCGACGAUCCGUGACACUUUUUCAGGGCAAGCAGAAGAGGAGAGAACAAACGCACUGUUGCACUUUACAAUUACAAAAAUGGAAAGAACAAAUAGACAACAAACAGAAAACUCAUGGACAGGUUCCGAUUAAAUAAGCAAUCUCGCCAUGUUGAGUAGGUACUAUUAGAGGCUGUUGUGUGUUCAGGGUACACACAAAGAUGCGGAGUUGCUUUUGUGCCAUAAGUACGAGGGGAUGGGCUGUCCCGUGGACGGAAAGCUUCCCAUCACCCUGUCCCUUUUGUGAGUAAGGCUGCCAGACAGACCUGCCUUUUAUUGUUUUAUUUUCAAGCUGAUACAGAGAUAAAAGCUUUUAUCUUUUGUCCCUCCCGAAAGAAUAUUUAUUGUGUUUUAUUUUGUGUCAAUCCUUGUCCACUGAACAAACUGAGUUGUAUGUUUGUACCAGUCUAGAACAUCAUGCUUUUCCUGGUCCACUUUUAAGUAGUGCAGUGGUCUUGUCCUUCUUAACUGCUUCCUUAAUUCUUUUGCUUUGUGGGGGGGGGGUUGAUUUAAUUUAUUGUUUUGAUCUUUCUCAGCUUUCUCAUUUCAGACUGACUGAUGAACACUGGGAGGUGGUGACUUUCGUUCAUUGCUUUACCUUUGUCUUUUUUUCCCAGACAUCGUGAAGAACAAAACAGGUUUACAAUAUUCAGGACGUGAAUCAUUUUAUUUCCAGAUUUUGUGUGCAUGAAUCAUUUGAAAUCAAGGUACAAGUACAUUAUUUCUUAUUUCACCAUGGAAUUGAUCAGACAUUGACAACAUGUGCCACCCUAAAUGGAUGGGAUGGAAAAUGUUUUUCUCGCGGUUCUUCCAAUUAGGGCUGAUUUGGGCAAAUUCCCUAAUAGGAAUAAUGAAAUGUGCCCAAAAUGGCUGCUGUCAACCAAGAUGGCCAAUUUUAAACAUGGGUCUUUCAGACAUGUUCAUGUGUCCUGUAAUUAUAGACAUUUCCACAUGUCAAUCAUUUUUAGCAUAUCAAGGUAGGUAGAGCGAGACUAGUUUCCCAGGCCGUACAGAAAUCAAAUCUGAAAAAAAAUCACAUCCAAUCCCUUGAAUUUUUCUCAUUUGUAACAUGCAGCACUUUUUAAAAAGUAUAUUUUUUAGUAUAUCUAGUUAUACAGCAUCAUUUCAAGGUACUUGCUUUUGAAGCUGAGUGAAUGGCAGUUUGAGUGUUCAGACGCCUAAGUGAUCAAUUCCAACAUGGAUUUUUAAUUUAUUUAACACGCCAUGUUUUAAAUUGAGUUUUUUCUAUAAAUAUGAUUUACCAUUGUCAUUAGCUGUACGGUGUGUAAUUUUUCAUUGCUUGGAUAAGUUUUGUUUGGAAAAUACCAUCUUCAGUCCUUCUAUACAGUUGCAUCUCAAUAAAUUAGAAUGUUUGGAAAAUUUAAUUUACUUAACUAGUUCUAUUCAAUAAGUUGAACAUAUUAAUUACAUACGCUGAGAAAUAUUUAAUGAUUUUUUUUGACAGUUGUAAUGGCAUAGUGGGACCAAGCCCCUCCCCUUCUCUAAAGAUAUAUAAUUGCCUUUAGGUCCCAAGAUUGUGACAAAGCACUACUUUUGUCUAAAUGAAACUCACUUCAUCUAGUUCCUUGGCACCAAGAUGUUGCCAAAGCACCACUUUUGUCUAAAUGAACUCACUUCAACGUAGUUCCUUCACACCAUUACGCCACAAGUACUGCUUUUGACUCUAUCCAACUAACAUUCUCAUUUAUUUUGAUGCAACUGUAUAACUCCUCCUUGUGUUCGCUUUUGAAUAUUUGGAGCUGUCUGUUCUAAGCCUGCUUGUCUCUUAACUGGAAUGAAACAUCAUGGUGCCAUAAAAGCUUUUUCCUCUUUGACAUGAUUUUUUUUUUUUGGUGGUCGGUCCUGAGAAAACAGGCCUUCUGUUCAAACCGUGCUUACCCCGCCCUUUUAUGCUGAGUUAGAAUAUCCCCUGUCAAGAAAUGAAGUUCUUCUCCAAAACUCAUCUGGCUCCCACAGCGCAUCUCGUCCAUCCUCCUCAUGCUUUGUAUUGUUCCCUCCACGUGUUGUGUUGGAACCGUUAAACCGUGCGUUUGUAUUUCGACAGUACAUCCUUGAGCUUCUUUUCAAAAACAACAACACUACAAUUAUUGCUUCCUUCCAGCUAGCUUUGCAUUCAGGAGCCAAGUGGGACAAUUUUUCAUUUUAUAUAGUUUAAAACCAACAAUUUUUAAGACUCUGGCCCCUGUGAGAGCAGCAUUGGCAAGACAAAUAAGAAUAAAAGUUUUUAUGACAUUUUACCAAGAAAAUAAAACACUUGCCCUGAAAGAACAAGUAGCUGUAUAAUUGAAAUGUUUUGUUAAUGACCCACAAUUGGUUCCUUCUGGGUACAGACUGAAGUUGUUUUUAGAGCGGCUCUAAAAUGGGACGGGCCUACUUUAGCUCUAUUUUUUUGUAAGGUUGAAACCUGUUGUAGAUGGCUCGGAAAAGGAUGGCACUUUGUACAAUGCUGAGUGGCAAGUAGUGCUACUGAAAACACAAAAAAAAUCCUCUUUAUAUUUAGAAUUUAUUUUCUUUUGUUUAAAAAAAAAAAAAGAUCAGUAGGGGGGAAAAAGAAAAGAACUUCUAACUACACAGUGCCACUUGUUAAUUUUGUGUAAAUAAUGCUAGACCCUGUAAAUACAAUGUUGUAUAUUAAAAAAAAUCUUUAAAAUAAAAGGGAAAAUCAAUUGUGAGCAGAAGUAUUUUGUUGUUUUCCUCUGGAUGAUUCAAAUGUUCCACAACUGGUGUGUACUUCCAAACUUGACUGAUUUGACACAAUCUAUACCGGCGAGUAUAUAUGCUAAAACACCAAGACAAUGUUUUUCUUUAUAUUUUAAAUGAAGCUUUUUGUGUGUCGUAUAAAUGUCUUGUUUUUUUUCUGACUGGAAUCCUGGUUUUACUGGUGCUUUGGACCUGUCUAUAAGGUUGAUUGUGAACAAUUAAAGCUCGUCUGUCAAAGCA